ACACACACACACACAGGUUAUGAUUAGAGGGAGUGGUUCAGUGCGACAGCCUCCGCCAGCAUCUAAAGAGUUAAACUGUCGAGCCUGUUGUUGAACGCACCAUCCAUCCGGGCUGUGUCGCUAAGGGAAGACAGAGGCUACUUGUGAAGAAAGCAACAGAUCCCCAGCUGGAAAACAACAUCACAUCUGGCAUGCGAACUGAACAGGAAGAAAUGGUGGAAUGGAUCAACGUAAGUGAAUAAAUGGUCAUUUGGAAAGCUUGCUCAUUUUUUUGUGGAGAAUAGAAAAGUUACCAGGAACAGUUGUUGAUUUUGGCGUUGCAGAAUUUGGAUACGAUUUCUGUAAAAGGAGGCGAGGAGUGACAGUACUUCAGAGGCACGUAGCCUGCUGUGCGUAAUUUGACAUUUCUCUUUACAACAUCAGCGGAAAACCGUUAGUGCAACACCUUGAAGCAUUCAUUUAAGUAACAUUGUGUAACCUGUUUGGACAUUUUUUUUUUUAAACACAACACCUGCGUUUUGUUGCAACAGCAAGCGGAGUUUGGUAACAGGUGGUUUUUAUUGAGCGUCUCACUUUUGCGCUUUCUCCAUCAGACUGUUAUUUCUUUGCAUACAUGACACGCACAGGUCAGUUUCUGGAGUGGGGUCUGAAAUGAGGGCUCUUUUUGCAAUAUUUCUCUGAUUUUUGUCGGAUUGGACCUCAUCUUGUAACGGAGGCCAGAAGGUCCCUGCUUCUAAAUGAUAAGCUCGGUGUGUGUUUCGUCUUACCGGGGGCGCAAGUCAGGCAACAAACCUCCGUCUAAAACAUGUCUGAAGGAGGAGAUGUGCAGAGGGGAAGACUCAGACAAAAUUAUCAUCAACGUGGGUGGCACUCGACAUGAGACGUACAAAAGCACCCUAAGGACCCUGCCGGGGACCCGCCUUGCAUGGCUGGCGGACCCGGACCCGCAGCCACAGGUCAGCUCUGAUUCGGAAGCUGCGACCCCGAGCGCGGAGUUCUUCUUCGACAGACACCCGGGCAUCUUCGCCUACGUGCUCAACUACUACCGGACCGGCAAGCUGCACUGCCCGGCCGACGUAUGCGGGCCGCUCUUUGAAGAGGAGCUGGCGUUUUGGGGGAUUGACGAGACUGACGUGGAGCCGUGCUGCUGGAUGACCUACCGGCAGCACAGGGACGCGGAGGAAGCCUUGGAGACGUUUGAACCACCCGACCCAGAGACUGACGACGACAGAGACAUGCCGAGACGGUUCGGCAUCGAGGACUGUCCGGACAGGUCGAGGAGCUGCUGCGAAGUUUGGCAGCCUAAGGUCUGGGCCUUGUUUGACGACCCAUACUCCUCCAGAGGAGCCAGGGGAGUGGCGUUUGCCUCUCUGUUUUUCAUCCUGGUGUCCAUCACCACCUUCUGCCUGGAGACCCAUGAAGCCUUUAACGAGCUGCAGAACCGGACGGUGCAGGUUGUCGAGGGAAACAUCACACGCAAAGAGGAGAAGCCUGAGAUGGUGACCAAGCCCAUCCUCACAGUGGUAGAGGGGGUCUGUGUGGUAUGGUUCACUUUUGAAUUCCUGGUGCGCAUCGUCUGCUGCCCAAACAAGGUGGUCUUCAUCAAAAACACGCUCAACAUUAUUGACUUUGUGGCCAUUCUGCCAUUCUACCUGGAGAUGGGUCUGAAGGGUCUGUCAUCCAACGCUGCCAACGAUGUGCUGGGAUUCCUCCGCGUGGUGCGGUUCGUUCGAAUCCUCCGGAUCUUCAAGCUGACGCGGCACUUUGUGGGCCUGCGAGUACUGGGCCACACGCUGAGGGCCAGCGUCAACGAGUUCCUGCUUCUCAUCAUCUUCUUGGCCCUUGGUGUCCUCAUCUUCGCCACCAUGAUAUAUUACGCUGAGCGCAUCGGGGCCGAGCCCGGCGACCCCACGGGCUCCAACCACACACAUUUCAAGAACAUCCCCAUCAGCUUCUGGUGGGCGGUGGUCACCAUGACAACGCUGGGCUACGGAGACAUGUACCCAAAGACCUGGCUUGGCAUGAUGGUGGGGGCGCUGUGCGCGCUGGCGGGGGUCCUGACCAUCGCCAUGCCUGUGCCCGUCAUCGUCAAUAACUUUGGGAUGUACUACUCGCUGGCUAUGGCCAAACAGAAGCUGCCGAAAAAGAAGAAGAAGCACAACCCGAACCCAGACGCUCCGACUGACUCUGCCUCGUUUGUGAAGUCGGAAACAAACUCACACAGAGACAGCACUCAGAGUGACACGUGUCCACUGGCCGCGGAGGAGAAUGUCAGCAGAAACCGCUCAGACUCCAAACAGAACGGGGAUGCAAAUGUGGCCCUUUCAGAGGAGGAAGGCUGCAGCAUGACCCAGCCGCUGUCCCCCAGUGAAAAGUGGACCCUGCGGUGCUCCCGAGGGCGAGACAAGACUAAGAAGGAGGCCACCUGCUUCCUCCUGACCGCUGGUGACUCCAUCGCCCAUACUGAGAGCUGUAAAGAUAUCCUCGCUGCCACAGGAAACUACGCUCAGCCGGAGGUCACAACGCUGACCUGAUGCUGAUUGACUACGAAAAGGAGAAAGAGCAGGAACUCUCGUCGGACUACAUGCUGCGCAGAGUGCAUGAAAAAAUUAGUGGAUUUUUUUUUCUCAUACAUCCCAAAUCCUGUGGUAGAAAAUCAGAUGCGUAGCAUAUUUACCACAUGUACACUCAUUAACAUGUCUCAAAGCAUUUUGCAUGUGUCGCAUGAUCUACCAUUGUAAAAUAUUCUUUAAAAACAGGCUACCUUUAACAUGCCAAUCAUUUAGUGAACAUGUCAUAGUCUGUCUUAAAGUACCUGAAGACAUAUGGUGCGUUUAAAUACCCAUACUACGAUAUUAUUUAGUAUAACAGGAUAAAAGAUGUUGUAUGUAACAAUAUAUGGUAUAUCAGAUAUAUUAUGCCAAAAAUACAUGGAUAUCCUACUGCAUCAAGUCACAUUUUGCUGUAUGCAAGCCAGCAUGUUUUCUGGUUAUUCUUACCCACAAUCCUUGGCACAGAGGAUACUGCAUAUGAGCAAGAUGGUCUAAGUUCAAGGUGCAUUGAUAUGAAGAAGUACUGUGUCCCAAUUGUGUGCAUAAUGCAUGCAACAGUAGGUAAUUUGUAUGGGCAGCUGCAGUACACACUAAAAGUAAAACAAAGUGAUAUUUUUUCAAUUAGCUUUUUGUUAUGACGGACGGGGUCCUACAUGAACUCAGAAUAUCCUGCCAUCGUUUGAACAUUUUGGUUAUUUCAUAACACCGAUGUCUGUGUUUAUUUUUUUGUGCUUUUCUUACAUAGACUGAAGAGGUCGGGGCUCAGUUGGAAAGUGCGAUGUCAUGUAUGUCCAUCCACGAAUCAGGCCUUAGAAUUUGAGUCUAAUGACAGUUACUGGGUUGUUUGGUCAUUGUGGAUCCAAGAUGGUCAAAUCAAACCACACGGUCUUGAUGCAGCAGAUCUGCUGAGGUUUGGGGUUGUAAUACUAACUUUAGUUAGUUAUUACUAAUUGUUGGUCCAAAAGUCAGUUCUUUAGAUAUGUAAUGUUACAGAGGAAGACCUUUCAUGGGUUUAAAUCUGAAGAAAGUCUGUUUUAACCAUAUGGCAACAUUUUUGCAACAGAGAUGUUGCUAAGCGGUUGCUUAGAAGAAAUAUGUACAGUCAGCUUUUUAGAACUAAACGAGAUACACUUUAUCAUUGGGAUUAAUGCCUUUAAUCCAUCCAUGUUGUUCACUGUCCAGUAAGAACCCUUUAUAUAUACAGUCUAUGGUAAGAACACCCUAACACUUGUGAAUAUGGGUUUGUACAGCAAAACUGUUACUGUGAACUAGGAUUAGAAAAUGGACCCAGAUUUCUUUGUCGAUCAUCCGGUCUCUGCCUUCUGUCGUACCACUGCUUUUUAACACUGACUACAGGGACAACAUGCAGAUAUUUUGUCGAGACACAGUGUGGUAUGAAUGCUCAGGCUACACAAUGUUUGUAAAUCCUUGUACAAUAAGAUAGAUUAACAAAAGGAAAAUCAAUGGAGCAGCAUUGUCUGCAAAUCACAUUAGCCGCAUAUAAUAGAUCCAUCAGUGCUGGUUGAGUCAGGACCAAAUGUAGACUUUAUUAGAUCACAUGUGAACAUUUUUGUACCAUCAUCACAAAGUACAUACAGUGCAAUGCCAUCAGUUCCACCUGUGCCUCAUGUUGAGUAAUAGAGCUUCAGUGUGUGCAGUAAUGUAAUUAGAGUUGUUCUUUACACUUCUGUCUGUCUGAUCUGUACAGAAGGAGUGUGGUUUCCUUUACUUGUGACUUAUAUUCCUUAUGGUCUACCAUAGUGGCCUUAUGUUUAACAAACAAAGGGAAAGUUCAUUUCAUCUUCAUAAGACUCUGUUUUUAUGCUGACCCAGAGGUUGGUUAUCAUGUAUAAGUACAGUUGUACAUUCAGUAUGUAGCACAGUUUAAUAUUCUGGAUCAUCCUUUAACUCUUUUCUCCUCCGACUUGAUUUUGCACCAUUAAAUAGCUUUUAACCUAUAAUAAAAUAUCUUUAUUUUCAUAAUUCAUGUUUUCAGCCUCAUUUGCUUAUUGUAUAUAUUCAAAUCUGAUGGAGAAGCACACAGCACAUCAGUUUAUAAUAAUAAUAUUUCCCAUGGAUUGUAUACAUGAUUAUGAUGGAUUUUAACCCAGUCCACCUUUCCAAUGUUAUGUGUGCGCGCGUGUGUGCGUGAUGUUGUAUCAUGUAGGUAUGUUUCUAUGCAGAAAUAGGAAUAAAGUCUUUCCCCCCCUCUAG